CCCCCAUCAUGGCAUCACACAGCGCCUCACUCCCAACAGCCCAAUCCUCCCCUCUCUCAUUCCUCGACAUACCCCUCUCUCUCCCUUUCUCACUCUCAGCCGUAACUACCCCAAACAUAUGGGCAUCCAUCGCGCUCAUCGUCCUCUCCCUCCUCGUACUCGAACAGACCGUAUGGCGGACAAAACGCAAGUUCCUCCCAGGAGAUACAUGGACCAUACCCGUCAUCGGCCAGUUUGUCAACUCCCUCUAUCCUUCCCUCGAGAAUUAUCAGAAACAGUGGGCGUUGGGUCCGUUGAGCGCAACGAGCGUGUUUAACAUAUUCAUCGUCAUUGCCUCUGCGAACGAAUUAACGAGGAAGAUAUUCAACUCCGGCGCAUAUGCAGAGCCUAUGCUCGUCGCUGCUGCCAGGCCCAUCCUGAUGGAAGACAACUGGGUAUUCCUCAACGGCAAAGUGCACAUCGAGUACCGCCGCAUGCUCAACCAGUUCUUCACGCGCAAGUCCCUCAGCCUCUACCUCGGUUUGCAGGACACGAUCGCCCGUGAGCACUUUGCGUUCUGGCUCAAGGACUCGAGCAAAGAGGCGCAGAGCGUCAUGACCCCCAUGCGGUACUUCAACAUGGCUACUUCCCUCCGCGUCUUCUGCGGAAGGUACAUCGACCCGGAGCAAGCGAAGCUCAUCUCGGACAAAUACUGGCUCAUCACCAAGGCCCUCGAACUCGUAAACUUCCCACUCCAUCUCCCAGGUACAAAGGUGUACAACGCCAUCCAAGCCCGCAAGGUAGCGAUGGUGUUCCUUCUCAAAGCUGCGAGGGAGAGCAAGGUGCAUAUGCGCGCUGGUGGAGAGCCCGGGUGCUUCAUGGACGCCUGGUGUCAGGAGAUGUUCGCAACAGGAAAAGAGUUUAGCGAGAAGGAGAUGGCACAGGUCGUACUCGCUUUCCUGUUCGCGUCGCAGGAUGCCAUGUCCUCCGGCUUGAUCUACGCUUUCCAGCACCUGGCUGAUCAUCCUGCUGUGCUCGCCAAAGUGCGCGAAGAGCAAGAGCGCAUCCGGGGUGGGGACUUUGACAGACCGAUCACGCUCGAGGAACUCGACGCGUGCACCUACCUCCGCGCGACUGUCAAAGAGUCCCUCCGGCUCAAACCACCCGUCCUCAUGGUCCCAUACAAAGUCACACAGCCCUUCCCUAUCUCCCCCGACUACACAGUCCCAGCAGGAAGCAUGGUCGUCCCCUCCGUCUACCCCUCAUGCCACGACCCAUCCGUCUACCCUUCUCCCAGCUCUUUCCUCCCCGAACGCUGGCUAGACCCCAACGGAACAGCAGAACAGAACCCGAAGAACUACCUCAUCUUCGGCGCUGGCGCGCACAGGUGCAUCGGCUAUGAAUACGCGUUGAUGCAUAUCGCUAUGGUCAUCGGUACUGCGAGCGGGCUGAUGGAUUGGGAACAUAAGAAGACGGAGGACAGCGAGAAGGUCGAGAUUAUAGCGACUAUCUUCCCGAAGGAUGGGUGUUUGUUGAAGUUUACCCCGAGGAAGAGGAGCUGAGCGGCGUUGAUCCAUUUUUUUGGUCCUCCUGCCGGUCUCGAUUGACGUUUAAUCCCCACCUCUCGUUCGCCUAACGUUUCAGAAUCCGCUCGACUUUCGAGUUCUUGCAAGGACUUCCCCUGGUCCAUGGCUGCAUUCCUUCCCUACCCUUCCCCUCACUUCUUCACUUCGUAUUAUUCGUCCAUUUCGUCUGAACCCAACUAAUCUAGAAUUUGCCCAUUUGUCCAUUUGGCGCUCCUUGCUACCUUGCCUCCCGUUUUUGAUGUUUUUGCUUUUUGUCAUGUUUGUCCGGGAGUGGGGCGAUGACUGAGGAAUGAGAAUGGGAAUGUGAAC